UUCAAUCUUAGUUUGCUAGGACGGAGUGUAAUAACUGAAUUGUGAAAAUAUAAAGAUUUGGUCACAACUGUUUUAAUCGUUGUUGAAACUGUCAUAUUUCACAGUGAACGAAACAAAGCAAUUCGGUUGGAAAAGAUUCUUUGCUGCUGAUAGAUUUGAUUUCGAAAGUGGAUUUGAUAACCUACACCUGCAACAUUCAGUAGUUUACAAGAAGCUGGCACAGACAGUUGUAUGCUUAACUAUGAAUGCAGACACUUGGCAAGAUUCUCACAGUCGCGAAUAUAAACAAUUCCGCUCCUUUAUGGGCUUAAAAUUCGGCACGAGAAGUAAACGUUUAUCUUUAAGUUGGAGAAGAAAAUGUGCAGUCAUUCUACUUAGUGGAAUGAUUUGUCAAAUGAUCUAUUUCUUCAGAAUGAAACACCAGCGAUAUUUGUAUAAAGCGGAUACAUAUUUUCUGCCGUGCGAAAUGCCGGUACUGGAUCCGUACGACUCUAUUCAAAUGAAAAACAUGAAAAUAUCGAAACCAUUUAAAUGUGACUUACUGCAUUCACCGAUUUAUGUUGACGACGAAAAUUUGCUACAAUUCAACCGAACUGUUGUGCAACUUUUCCACUUAAAUCCUGAAUCUAUUACAUGUACGUGCCAGAUCAUUCAAAGAAAAGUUAAUACUGAUAAAAAAGUGGUAUAUUCUGAUACAUUUUUAUGUACACCUCCAUACAAUAUACAGUCUGACUUUUUUAAGAUAAGCUGUGUUUCUGGUGAGGCAGAGCUUAUCAAUACCAUGCUCACAAACAUAUUUCGACCAGAAAAAGCAUUCAGUACACAUACAGAGGAACAUUACAGUGUAAUACUAUUUGGAAUUGAUUCAAUGUCGAGAAAUGAUGCAAUUAGACAAAUUCCAAGAGUAGUUCGGUAUUUGCAAGAGGAACUUCCAUCUAUCGACAUGUCGAUGUAUAAUAGGAUUGGAGGACAUACCUUUGAUAACAUCAUUCCAAUGCUUACUGGUCUUUUAGCCAAUGUUAAAGAUAUUCCAUAUUUAAACAAAGUUGGUACUCGCUUUGAGAUACUCCCAUUUAUCUGGAAAAACUUUUCUAGAAAUCACUAUGCAACGUUUUACGCAGAAGACGAAAAACGAUGGCACACAUUCAACUUUCGUAAAGAAGGUUUUAAAGUUCAGCCAACAGACCAUUACAUGCGACCAUUUUGGAUUGCAGAUUAUCAAUCACGGCCGACAAAACUUUUGUUCUGGAAUAAAAGCAAAAACAGUUAUAAUAAACGUAAAUGUUUAAGCCACAUUCCAGAAUAUCUCGUGCAAAUGAAUUACCUCAAACAGUUUAUAAAUAAAUAUAAAGAUGUAAGAAAAUUUGGAGUUUCGCAUUUAAAUAGUUUAUCACAUCGAAAUGUGAAUAAUCUUCACCUUGCUGAAGAAGAUCUUAUAUUUUUUUUUUAAUGGUUCAAACGAAGUGGACAUCUCAACAACACAUU